CGGCUGCUCUGCGCCUGCAGCCCCCUGCCCGCGUCGCCGCCCGUCCUGAAGGAGCCGGCCUCCGAGGGCCUGUCGCCCAUCACCACCCUGACGGCCACCAUGGACCAGCUGCAGGGCCUGGGCAGUGUGGGUGAGCAGCCGCCCGAGGCAAACAACAGCAGUCUUCAGAGAAUGGGCUCCUCCGAGUCAACAGAUUCAGGCGUCUGUCUGGAUUCUCCUGGGCCCUUGGACAGUAAAGGAAACCUUGAAAAUCCCAUGAGGAGAACAAAUUCCCUGCCUCCGAAGCUUUUGGGAUGUAGUUCAGCUCUGAAGGGGAGCCAUUCCGAUUCCCUGGACCGUGAUGUCUUUCAGCUGAUGGACCAGGAGGAGACUAAGGAAAACCUUUCCUCCAACGAAAGAGAGAGCAGUGAGCCAGAGAACUUCAUUCCACUCUUUAUGCUCCAGUCACCCGUGACUGCCACUUUGUCUGAUGAAGAUGAUGGCUUCAUGGACCUUCUUGAUGGAGAGAAUCUGAAGAAUGAUGAGAAGACCUCCUCCUGCAUGGCAAGCCUCUGGACGUCUCCCCUUGUCAUGAGAACAACUGCAAACGUGGGCAACCAGUCCCAAGAAGCCCCGGGAGAUUCUGCAUCCGUCUUCAGCCUGGGUAUCCCCGCAAAGGGGACCAUUGAGAAUAUUCCGGAUAACGACCCCAGAGACCUCAUAGGGGACUUCUCCAAGGGUUAUCUCUUCCACACAGUCGCUGGGCAGCACCAGGACCUAAAGUACAUCUCUCCAGAAAUUAUGGCAUCUGUCUUGAAUGGCAAGUUUGCCAACCUCAUUAAAGAGUUUGUUACCAUUGACUGCCGGUACCCAUACGAAUAUGAGGGCGGCCACAUCAAGGGUGCGGUGAACCUGUACAUGGAGGACGAGUUGGAAGACUUCCUGUUCAAGAAGCCCGUCUCCCCCGCCGACGGCAAGCGCGUCAUCGUGGUGUUCCACUGCGAGUUUUCCUCCUCCGAGCGGCCGCGCAUGUGCCGCUAUGUGCGAGAGAGAGAUCGGCUCAGCAACGAGUACCCCAGACUCCACUACCCUGAGCUGUACAUCCUGAAGGGCGGGUACAAGGACUUCUUCCUCAAAUGCCAGUCUCACUGUGAGCCCCCCAGCUACCGGCCCAUGCACCAUGAGGACUUUAAAGAAGACUUGAAGAAGUUUCGUACCAAGAGCCGGACCUGGGCUGAGGAAAAGAGCAAGAGAAAGAUGUACAGCCACCUGAAGAAGCUCUGA